AGCUCCAUGCUUAUACGAAGUGAUUUAGUGAUAACACCGCAGUUGGUCACAAUGUAUCACAGUUUGCUGGUUUUCCCGGUUUGUCUAGCGGUGGUGACGGCAGGGCGCUCGCCACAUGCUGACUUGGUGGACAAACUUGAAAGAAGCCCGGAAGGCGGGAGAUAUUCGUCUGAUGUUUUUGAAGACGGCAGGCUUGAUUUGGAAAGUGUAAUAAGAAAAUACCAGUACCCCUACGAAUCCCACCAUGUAGUGACGGAGGAUGGAUAUAUUCUGGGAGCCGUCCGUAUCCCGCAUGGGAGGGAUCAGAAUAACCAGCCAGGGUCCAAGCCAGUGGUCCUGAUAUUGCACGGUCUCCUCUCUUCUUGUGCUGACUUUGUGCUGUUGGGACCUGGCCAUGCUUUAUCUUACAUGCUCGCCGAAGAAGGAUACGACGUAUGGCUUCUAAACUCUCGUGGCAAUUUCCAUUCCAGGAAUCACACGACUUUAGACCCUAACAGACAAGGGGACACCUCUUUCUGGGCAUUUAGUUGGGAUGAAAUGGGCCGAUUAGACGUUCCAGCAUACAUCGAUUAUAUUUUAGAGGUCACGGGACAAGAGAAAGUCCACUUCAUUGGUCAUUCCCAAGGAGGGACUUCAUUCUUAGUCAGCAUGGCGAUGAGACCUGAAUAUAAUGAGAAGAUAAUCUCUUUCCAAGGUUUAGCUCCGGCAGCUUUCUUUUACAAUAAUAGGAAUCCGGCCUUUCUUGGUUUUGCUCCGUUUGAAAGGGUUUUAGAAGUAACCAUUGACAAAACUUCACUCGCUGGUCAGAUAGGCAUCUACGAGGUCUUGGGCAGGAGCGACUUACUCACGCCAUUGCUCAUGCAAGUGUGCCGUGACGGGCUCUUCACACAAGCGAUCUGCAAGCUGGUCGUCCAAUACGACCGGAAUGAUGGUAUUUUCAACACGACGAUGUUCCCAGCAUUCCUCGGCCACGCCCCGUCUGGCGCAUCAAUACGUCAAGUUUCGCACUACGGCCAAAGCAUCAAAUACGGCACCUUCAGCCGUUUCCACUACGGUCACAUCCAGAACCUGAUCACCUACGGCAGAGUGGAUCCUCCCCCCUACAACUUGAAUCUCAUAACCGCUAGAUCGUACUUGCACUAUGGUCUCGGUGAUUUAGAGGUUGACUAUAGGGACAUUUUGGUGUUAGAAGAGCGGUUGCCAAAUGCAAGGGCCAUUCAAACGACGAGGUCUGGCUUCACUCAUUUUGACUUUAUUUGGAGUAUGGAUGCUAGGGAGCAAGUGUAUGAGACGGCUCUUCAAAUGAUGAGGGAAGCCGAGGGAUUACUAUAA